AGCAGCAAAUCUGUGCUGAGAGCUGCGCAGCCGCCCUGCGCAUCCGUCGUCGGAGGUGGACAGCGCAGCCAUUUCUCUGCCCCUCAUGAAAAACAUGGAGAGGGGGCGACGUUUGUCCACCACGCGCUAACCUGACGUUAGGGAGUCAUGACUUUAGCAGCACACACCGAGGCGGAACUCCCCGUUUGAGAUCCGCGAUCUCCAAACUUUCUCCCAAUUCAACGCCUGCGCAGACAAAACAGGCUCUAUCUUUCUCUCUCUGCCCCUGCAUUUGGCUUAUGUGCCUGUUUGUGUCUGAGCCAUGGAAGGAAAUCUGCAAGGAGGCAGCAGCGACGUCGCAGUAAUGCAUCUGAAGACUGAAGCGGUCGAUGAGAACGCAUCUGCGCUGGUUUUGGGCAGUCAGGAGUCGUCUGCGCCCUGCGGAGACACCGCAUGCAGAGAAGGAGGAGGAGGAGGAGGAGGGGAUCAGACUGCAGAGGAGCUGCAAACAGUCACUACAACCACUCCUGUGCUGCUGUAUUCAGUGAGUACAGACCGUUUCUAUACCACAUCAGGGGAUGGAAAAACUUACCUGAAGAUUGCUCCAGCUUCAGCGAUGCCACCCGCUUCGUCAGAGAAGAUGCUUCCUUCCAGCUCCGACUUUUCCUCCAAAGCUGUUUUGUGUCUGAUUGAGGCCGUUGGGCGCCGCUGGGGCCUGUAUGAGACUCGGGAACGCUCACAGCUCUUCCAGAGCGUUCAGGAGGAAAUGGCUUCCAAGGGGCACGUGCUUCCUGUCGAAAAGAUCCGCCGCAAGUGGAACAACCUUAUUGUCACAUACAAGAGGGUUAAAGACCGCAGCCGGGAGACGGGACAUGCGAAAACAUCCUGGGAGUUCUUUGAUUUGAUGGAUGCCACGCUCUGUGACACCGUCGGCACUCAGAUCAGCAACAACAAAAGAAACAAAACAGGAAACACUGUUACUGCACUGCCCGGUCCUUUGGCAAAGAUUGCUGCAAAACCGCAGGUUCCACAGCCCCCCACCAUCAUACGGCCUAAUUGUGACUUUUCUUCGACUGGUGUUGUGGAGUCAGCAAGUCAGGGAAGCAUCAGCAGCACUGCUGCCAUAACCUCAAUAACUACAGCAACCAUUAGCCCAACAAAUGCUUCAGAGCUCAAGCCCAUGAUAGUCGUCAACAGUGACGUGGUUACAAGCAGUAUUCAUCCAGCCACCGUUGUGCCAUCUUCGUCCUUUAUCUCCUCGCCUUGUUUUACAGAGACAGCUUCUACUUCGCCUUCCCUUGGCUCGUCCAGUAGCACAGACCUCAACGCAUCACGCUACGUGAGCCGCAAAGCUCCGUCGUUCUCACCAGGUGUCAUACCCUUUCGCCUUAGCAAUACACCACUUGGUAACAGUCAGAAUCUCCUUAGUGUCUCUUCGUCUUUCCCCACUACAUCGUCCUGUUUCUCCUCUUCUAUUUCCACCUCAUUGUCUGCAACGGCCUUGCCAGGAGCUGAAGGACUGAGCCAGAAAAGAAACGAGCAGCAAACCAGCACCGCAUUGUUCCAGGAGAUUCUGAAACGACAGGAGGAGCAGGCCUACCUGGAUCGGGUGGCUCGUCGCCGGGUGGAAGCCAGGGAGAAGAGGCGCGAGAGAAGGGAGGUACGGAUGGCGGACUACCUCGGCAGGAUAGCCACAGCGCUGGAGCUGCUCUCCUCCAAACAGGACACAGUCAUUGCCCUUCUGCAGAGACUGGCUGAUCGGAAGUGAUGGAGGGUCAAAGGAUCCCAAAGCAGGAGCUCCCAUCCUUCAUGAAGUUUUUCUCUCCCAAACUUCAUAGAGAUAUUUCUAAAAUCACAUGAACUGCUCACUUUUCUAAACUAAGCGUACAUGAAAUGUUAUUGUUACAUUACAUUAUAGUGCAUUACAGCCUGUUGCACUUAAAUAAAAUUCAUUCUCCUUGAA